AAAAAAUCAUAAUUUUCCCAAAGUUAGGAAAAGAUUGAAAAAGGUUGAAGAUAUCUGCGACCGAGAGAUCCAAGAGAAGAGUCAAAGCUGCAGCAGCAGCAGGAGGAGGAGGAGGAGUUGAGGAGACCGGCCGAUCCUUCGCAGCCGCGACGAGUUCUCCCACAAAAAUCUUAGGUUUUGCAGGCAGAUUUUUAGCCCACUCGUCCGCCGAAGGUGGCUCCUUUAUUGUUCAAUCCGCCCCUGCUGGCCCGUACUCUCUAGGAUUUGUGGAGCCUCGAUCUCUUGCUUCGGAAGCAGGCUUUGGACACUCGUAUUUUACUGUACAGAUAAGGGUUCGGGGUUGUCAUCUUCGAUUAGGUGUCGCCUUGGCGCUGAGAGGUUGGUGCGACAAGGGUUCCGGAUUCUGGAAUCCUAAUAGGUCGGGAAGUGGCGAAUUUUAAGUUCAUCUUUUGGGAUCGGUAACGGCGGUGGCGACGGUGGACAAAAUGGUAAUCUAAUUGAGGUCGGCAUGCCGAGCUUUUUUUCGCCUUCAACGGCGUUUUCAAAAUGAUUGCAAAUAGCUAAUUUACCUGAGGAAGUUCAGCUCCAUCAUUUUUGUGACUAGAAGCUGUGCCUGUUUUGUUAUCUGUUUCAAUCAUUUCUGCGGUUUACACUGGAGAGACGGAGUGAUAACGGGAAUCUGAUGUUGUUCGAGGUUAAAGAUUGUUUACUAUUUGUUCAGAUCUAGCAGCUACUGCAAAACAAGAUUGUUGGUGGCACUCAACUAAACUGCUGCUAAUAGAAGAAUGCUUUGCUGAGUUUUUGAAAGCAGCCUGUGUCUUUCAGACAUUACACCUUCAAUUGCUAGGGUUUGUUUUUGAGGCCUCUGCAAGAAAACACAGUGCGACAAAGUCUGGUAUCAUCUAGAAGAGGUCAGUUUGAGAAUCAGAGAGCCCUCAAUGGCAGAUGGUAGUCCUAGGACAGAUACCUCCACAGAUGUGGACACUGAUGACAAACAUCAGAUGUUAGAACAAGGACAACUUGCUACAGUUGCAGCUUCUGAUUCUAGUGACAGGACGAAGGACAGACCACUAGACCAAAAGACACUUCGUCGCCUUGCUCAAAAUCGUGAAGCUGCUAGAAAGAGUAGGUUGAGGAAAAAGGCUUAUGUACAACAACUAGAGACUAGCCGACUGAAACUUACUCAACUUGAGCAGGAGCUUCAAAGAGCUCGUCAACAGGGAAUUUUUAUUUCUAGCUCAGGAGAUCAAUCCCAUGCUGUUGGUGGAAAUGGUGCCUUGGCUUUUGAUGCAGAAUAUGCACGAUGGCUUGAAGAGCAGAACAGACAGAUCAAUGAACUGAGGACUGCUGUGAAUGCUCAUGCCAGUGAAGAUGAUCUCCGUGUUAUUGUUGACGGUGUCUUGGCUCAUUAUGAAGAGAUAUUUAGGAUCAAGGGCAUUGCUGCCAAGGCAGAUGUCUUUCACAUACUGUCAGGCAUGUGGAAGACACCAGCUGAAAGAUGUUUCAUGUGGCUAGGGGGAUUCCGCUCAUCUGAACUUCUGAAGCUACUUGCAAAUCAACUGGAGCCGUUAACAGAACAGCAAGUUGUGGGCAUCUGUAACCUCCAGCAAUCAUCCCAACAAGCUGAGGAUGCUCUCUCUCAAGGGAUGGAAGCACUGCAGCAGUCCUUGGCAGAAACAUUGGCUGGGUCGCUUGGUCCCUCAGGGUCUUCAGGGAAUGUUGCAAACUACAUGGGUCAGAUGGCUAUGGCAAUGGGAAAACUUGGAACUCUUGAGAAUUUUCUUCGCCAGGCUGACAACCUACGGCAGCAAACCUUACAACAAAUGCAUCGGAUAUUAACUACUCGACAAUCUGCACGGGCACUUCUUGCCAUACAUGACUAUUUUUCCCGUCUUCGUGCCUUGAGUUCUCUUUGGCUCGCUCGGCCGCGGGAGUAAAAGGACACAUAUACCCUGUCUUAUUCUACCUGAGCUUACCACAUCCUACUACUCGGGGCUUCUUUUACUGAGAUACCAGCUGAUGAGUUGCAUAAUUAACUCCUAUAUUGUUAACCUGGUCGAGGAAAAUCUGGGGUCUCAUCAAGGCUAAUCCUCCAUCCUUGAUGCAUCCUAUCGUCGCAAGGUGAAGAAGACUUCCUUUGUUGUAUUGUAUGCUUGUCAAUCGGUCAAACAAUUAGUGGAAUAAUCUCAGCUAUUUGUUGCUUAAUUAUUCAGACUUUUUUCUUGAUCCUUGCACUGCAAGACUCGGGCGUGUUGAUGUUUCACAAUUUAGAUGUCAUUGUACAGGGAUUUAAUGGUAUUUUUAGUCCAAAUUAACCAUUCGAGUCUUUAUGCUUAUGUACUAACUUUAUUACAAUCAUGUUGGCGGUGUAGGAAUUUGAGUGGGAUGGUC